AUGUGCGAUCCAUCAUCAUCACCACCUAUACUCAAAUGCUCUCCUUUGGGCAUCUAUGCACCCAACCCAUCUUUCAACACACUUGCCAAACGUCUCUAUCAGCUCAUGGUCACCGUUAUUCGUUCCAAGCGUGUCAUCCAGCGAUCCACUCGACUCAAUGAUACCGCCAACCACUUUGCAUUUAUGAGCGAUGAAUCACUUCCAGUAGCACCUGUUUUUCGCAACGUGGAUCUUCCAAACGACACCAUUGAGGAUAUGGAGCAGGCGCAGCAUGACGCCCUUGUCACCUACUUUGGGCUUUGUCUCUUUGCAGGAAGUUACGAGACUUCAGCGAUCCAUGAGGAUAUUCUACCAACAGCACUUAAGCGAAGCAGCAUGAACAACAAUAAUCCAAUCAACGACGAUGAUGUGAUGCAAAGUUGGGCUGAUAAAGUACAAUGUGUCAAAGAAGCCCUUGAGGGUCGCCAAGUCAUGAUCAAUGGUCAAGAUCCAUCCACUUGGGUGCCCAAAGUCGUGUACACAGCUCAAGGCGAGAUCCUUACUCAGUAUUACAGCUUUGCAUUGGUCAAGGGACCUCUCUCAAAUGAACGGAUCGAUGAUGCUAAGAAGCAAGCGUUAUGCACACUCAUUGAAUUGAAUCGCGUUGUUGUACAUGAUUCGAACCCCUAUGCAAUAUUGAUGGAUCAUGACGACGAUGAACAACUCUCAACGGAUUUUCCAAACUCGGAUUCUUGCGAUGAUGCCUUGUCCGAUGAUGUGAUGCAAAAGGAGGAUGAGGAUCAAGAAUCACCCAAAGACGAAGGCAGCCCUGUAUUCUCAACCGCCACUGCUGCCACUGAGGAAACGACACCAGCCAUGGAUGAUAAGCAAUCGUUGCCCGAUACAACACCACCUUCAUCGCCUAAAAGUACAACGAGCACUUUGCCCCUUCCUCCACAGCAGCAGUCAUCAGCUCCAACAAAGAAUGCAACAAGUAGCUGGGCCAAUGUUGCCGGUCUACAACGUGAUAAACCUGUCAAGCCAAUCAAAAAGCGUGAGCCGCCACCUCAACCCUCAUCCACCAAGGCAGCAGAAGUUACACCAACACCACUACCACCAGCAACAGGGGCAAAGGGAAAGCUUAAAUCUGCCAAAUGCAUCUAUUAUCACUUUCAUAAUGGGAAAUGCCGCUUCAACGAGACCCAAUGUCAUUAUGCGCAUGAAGAUCUAAGCAAGCUUGAUACAUGUGAAGUUUGGCGACGCUCCCCCGAUGCAUGUGAAAAGGGCGAUAAAUGUGUUUAUCUUCAUAAGCACCAACCACAGCAGAAAACGCCCAAGAAUGACUUGACAAAGACACGCCUAUGCUACGAUUACAUGAACAGCAAAUGUGCAUUCACUGAAGCAAAAUGCAAGUACGCUCAUGAAGACACAUCAAGAGUGCCUGUAUGCCCUGAUUGGAAUGGUAUUGCAGGAUCAUGCAAAAAGUACGAUGGAUGGUGCAAUUUACUGCAUCCUGCUCCUACCAAAAAGGCUACCAACAAAGAAGUACCAGGUGAUGGAGAAGACUUGUUUCCCGCUCUGUCAUCUGAAGUCACCGAAGCGGCCGAAAAUGGUCCACCAGGCACACCCAAACCUUCUGCUGCUGCAACGACAUCGUAUGCUGAUACCGUCAAGCGUGAAGCACCACCACAACCACCCAAUUCACCACCCAUGCGAGCAGCACCACCAUCACCUGCCUCAUCCCAUGCAACCCAAGUAUCAAUGACAAUCUAUGAUGAGACCAAACGCAAAACCCAGCUAUGCAAAUAUUACAAAAAAGGCACAUGCAAGUUUUCUACCGAAGAACAAUGCCAUUUUGCUCAUGAGGAUACGGGUUUCGUGGGUGUAUGUCCUCUUUAUAAGGAAGGCAAAUGCAAAAAGGAAGAUGAAUGCACGUUUCUACAUGGAUUACCAAAGGACGAUUGCAGAAGAAAAACCAAGUUGUGUGAGGCCUACUUGAACAACGAAUGUCCCUUUGAUGAAGAUCGUUGCGAUUACGCCCAUGAGGAUGCUUCCAAGGUUCCAUUAUGCCAUUAUGCCCUGUCAGGCUUGUGUAUUUCAGAUCCUUGCUGUUUCCGACAUAUUGACCCAAAUGACAACGACAUCACCACCAAUGACAUGAUUCAAUUUCAGCUGGAUCCGGUUGCAUUACAUGAUCAAUCCAUCUUCCCUUGCCUUCCUGGUGGGAAUCAAUCCAUGGUGGAGAGCUUGUCGAUCCCUUCGUUUGUGGAUGAAGCGCUCUAUUCGGAUGCUGCCAAGAAACCUCCCAAGAUCCCUGAACGAGGAAACGAGAUCCAAAAAAGGGACCCAGUGGAUGAAGAAGCGAUACGUCAAGAAUCUUUACGCUAUACCAAGAUGUGCAAGCGUUACUGGGGUGGAGACGCUGAGUGCUUUUAUGGCGAGAAUUGUUGGUUUGCACACGAAGACACGUCCAAAGUGCGAACAUGUUACUUUUGGAUUCAAGGCCAUUGUAUCAGUGAGAAAGAAUGUCCUCUCAAACAUCCAGCGCGUGAGGAUGAUGGCUAUGUACCUCUUCACCAAAACACCAGCCGAAACAAUGGGGAUGACAUGGACAAAAAGACAAGAAAAUGCUGGUUCUUUUGGUAUUAUGAAGGCUGCAGAAAUGAUCCUUGCAAUUUCGCUCAUGAAGAUUUGACGGAUGUUGGUGUUUGUUACUAUUGGCAACAUAACAAAAAGUGCCCUUGGGAUCCUGCUUGUCCUUAUUUACACAGCGAUGAAAUCCUUGGCUUGCAAGCUGAUGAUGAUGAAGAAGAAGAAGAAUCACCACCGUCCACACCUGAACCCAGCAUGAAUGUGAAUGAGCAUGAUCCGAAAGACGUGUUUGCAAAGCUACCCUCUCGUUAUGACAUGUUGACCAAUACUGUAACGCUGCAGCGUCUACGUCUCGCCAACAAGUUCAGAAGCAAACCAUCCGAAGAUGUCGUACCACGUGUAUCCUCUGGCUUUGAGAAUAAUGAAGCGCGUUAUCGUGAGCAUCGACGAGAAGCAUUUGAGAAUGCCGAGAAAAUGAUACGAGCCACCCAAAACGCUCAGCAAGCACGCAAUUGCAAUGAGGUUACUGAAGCUGAGGAACAUGAAAGGGAUGCACGUUACUAUGCCAAACAAAUGAAGGCUGAGCAUGCCAAGGCUAGCCAAAAGAUAUUUGAAGAAUGCAACCGAGGCAACCCACGCAAAAAGUAUAUCGACUUGCAUGGCCAGCAUGUGGAUGAAGCGCUUCAAUACAUCCAACGAUGGUUUGCCGAAUUCCAAGAUCAACGGAAUAUCGUAUACAUCAUCACAGGCGCAGGUCGUCAUUCACGUGGGAUCAAAGGUGGGAAGUUGAGACCUGCUGUUGAAGAAUACCUCUCAAGUAGAUACAUGAUGCGUGAAUGCAGCGUCCAUGACGAUUGUACCAAUUCGGGUGGUAUCUAUGCCGUCUGGUAUUGCGUACACAAGUUUGUAUCCUCGCCCACUCGCACUUGUGUGUUUUGUUCUUUCAAGCAAGUCCAGUAG